GACAUGCAUCGCAUCCUCCACCCCUCUCCCAAGGACACGGAAGCGACGGUGGGCUCGCUAGACGGACCCGUCAACCGCCUACUGCAUAUAUACACGCACGCCCGGACGGGUACACAGCCACGCACACACUUCUCCCCCGAGCCAGAGCAAGGAGCCGCCAGCAGCUAGCUACUUGAGAGACAGAGCAAGAAGACGGAGAGAUGAACGGCGGAGGGGGCGUGGGCGCGGGCAAGAUCAGCCUGCGGCUGCAGUACUACGUGCUGCUGGCGGGGGUGGGGGCCGUGCUGCUCGUCGGCUGCCUCAAGUACAUGCCGGCGGCGGCGGUGGUGGCGGCCGGGUACGGGUCCUGGGGGAGCGGGCUGGCCGUCGCCAGCCGCGCCGCGGAGCCGGAGGCGUCCCCGGUGGUGAUCUUCAACUUCGGGGACUCCAACUCCGACACGGGCGGCAUGGCGGCGGCCAGCGGCCUCAACAUUGCGCUCCCGGAGGGCCGCACCUACUUCCGCCGCCCCACCGGAAGGCUCUCCGACGGCCGCCUCGUCAUCGACUUCAUCUGUGAGAGCCUGGGCACGCCUCAUCUGAGCCCGUAUCUCAAGGCGCUGGGCUCCGACUUCAGCAACGGCGCCAACUUCGCCAUUGGCGGGUCGACGGCGACGCCGGGGGGAUCCCCCUUCUCGCUCGACGUGCAGCUGCAUCAGUUCCUCUACUUCAGAACCAGAUCUUUCGAGCUGCUCAACAAAGGCGAGAGGACGCCGAUCGACCGCGAGGGGUUCCGGAACGCCAUCUACGCCAUCGACAUCGGGCACAACGAUCUUUCUGCCUAUCUUCACCUCCCCUACGAUCAAGUGCUCGCCAAGAUCCCUGCCAUAGUUGGUCACAUCAAGUUCGGCAUGGAGACCCUGUACGCGCACGGGGCUCGGAAGUUCUGGAUCCACGGGACGGGGGCGCUGGGCUGCCUGCCGCAGAAGCUGUCCAUCCCCAGGGACGACGACAGCGACCUCGACGCCAACGGCUGCCUCAACAAGUACAACGACGUCGCCAAGGCCUUCAACGAGAAGCUCGCCGAGACCUGCAACCAGCUCCGGCAGCGCAUGGCCGACGCCGCCAUCGUCUUCACCGACCUGUACCCCAUCAAGUAUGACCUCGUGGCCAACCACACCAAGUACGGCGUCGAGAGGCCCCUCAUGGCGUGCUGCGGCAACGGCGGCCCACCCCACAACUACAACCACUUCAAGAUGUGCAUGUCGGGGGAGAUGCAGCUGUGCGACAUGGACGCAAAGUUCAUCAGCUGGGACGGCAUCCACCUCACCGAGUUCGCCAACGCCAUCGUCGCCUCCAAGCUGCUCACCGGCGACUACUCCAAGCCCAGGGUCAGGAUCGCCAGCCUCGUCAACUCCACCGCGCCUCACGAUGGCUAGCUUGGCUUGGAUCAUUCGUCGUGUAUCUGGGUCUGCCGGUGCCAUUGAUUUGAUUUGGUUGGCCUACCACUGCCAGAGAUGAUGAGAAUGUGUGCAUGAUGCAGCAGAUCAGUGAGUGAGCUGAGAGCAAUCAUCUAUCUCUUUUCUCAAGGCUCAGAUGAGUGAUUUGACCAAGAGGGGAAAUUCAUGGCCGACUCAAUCAAGGCACAUUUGACUGACGUGUGUGUAAAUGUAAUUCACUUUGAAAUUUGAUCAAGGAAUCGAUGGAGUGCAUAGUUUUCUUCUUGUA